AUGGAACGUGGCCUUUGGGGCUUUACACAAGAAGGCAAAGAAAUACCUCCUGACGAAAAUGCGACAAAUGCUAUAAAGAAUGCUUUCCAGUUGCGAUCAGAUAAAGCCUACUCUCUGAUUGCCUUAAACAUCGAGAAACACUUGCAAAUACACAUUUUGAGUACGACAGAUCCUUUAGCAGCAUGGACGAACUUGCAAAAACAAUUCGAGUUUGUACCUGUUACCCAAGUCGUGCGUUUGAAUCGUAAAUUCUAUGCAGCCACCAUGGACGAAGGUGGAGAUCUUAUGAAACACCUGACCUAUAUGACAUCAUUGGCAGAACAACUGCGUGAAAUGGAAGAAGAUAUAUCAUCAAAGAAAUUCACUACUGUGGUGCUGGGCAGUUUACCCGAAUCAUAUGAAAAUCUCCUCACAAGUUUGAAUGUGAGGAAAGCUGAAGAGUUGGAAUGGGACAAUAUAAAGGGAUUGUUAAUAGAAGAGUAUUUGAAGAGAAAGGAAAAAUUUGAGAAUAACAAGAGUGACAAUGCAUUGCUUAGAAACAGGAAGUCAUACAUGAGCAGAGGAAGAAAUUAUGAUCGAAGAAGACAUGGUGAACAUUCUAGAAAUUGGACUCCUGUAGACUACAAGCCAUCAUGGAACACCAAUAAAGGUGGGGAUAUAUUGACACCAGUAGCACAACAACAACGUGAUGACGGAAGAGCAAGAGAUAUUUUAUGGUUUAAGUGUAACAAAGCUGGACACAUUGCCAGGAACUGUCCACUCAACAAUAGAAAAGGUGGAAACAAAGGGGAACAUUCAAAGCUUGCAGAAGGUGGUGGAGUAGCACUGAUUUCAAGCACAGGAAAUUCAAAUGAAUGGUAUGAGGAUUCCGCUGCGACAAAGCAUAUUACAAAUCGCAAGGACCUUAUCAUCAACUACACUCAAUACCAAACACCGGUGAAUAUUUAUUUGGGUGACAAUACCUGUAUCAAAGCCCCUGGGUGA